CCUCUCCUCUCCUCUCCUCUCCUCUCCUCUCCUCUCCUCUCCUCUCCUCUCCUCUCCUCGCCCGGUCCCUCAGGCCCGUCCUCUCCUCUCCCGGUCCCUCAGCUCUCCUCUCCUCUCCUCUCCUCUCCUCUCCUCUCCUCUCCUCUCCUCUCCUCUCCUCUCCUCUCCUCUCCUCUCCUCUCCUCUCCUCUCCUCUCCUCUCCUCUCCUCUCCUCGCCCGGUCCCUCAGGUUCUGGAGAGCUGGCACCAGACAGAAGUGAUAAACCUGGUCAUAAUCCCACUUUUACUUUCCUGUGA